AUGACCAAAGCGACGACAAGGUCUGAGGCUGCUGCAAGAAAUUCCCCUCCACGAUCCCUCAACUUAACAGACCGUACCGCGUCUCGUCGACAGCGCGCCAACUCUGCUCAAUCAUCCGACUCCGACCCAACCUCAUCCUCGGGCUCAUCUUCGGAGGACAACAGCGAAAGUGAAGAUGAACAACACUCUGACCAAGAAAUGAAUCGCAACGGAGAAUCGAACACCCACGCACAUACCUCUAAUACCUCGUCCUCACUACCUCACAUCGCCGGCCGCCCGAAACCGCGCAUACACCGCAUGCAAGGCGAUUCGGAUAUUUUGUCGCGGCUCAACGCUUUCUUGCCGAAGAUGAAGGAUGCAAAUGAGGAUUUGCAGAGGCAGAUUGAAGCCGGGGAGGCUGGAGAUCUGGUUCUCGAUAAUGCAGAUGAGAAAGGGGAGCAGUACAUUGAGAUGGAUCUUGGUCUUGGGGUCUUGGAAGAGAAGCGCGACGGUGACUCUUCAAGUGAUGAGGAGAGUGAUGACGAAGAGCCCAAGGGUACCACCGGGGCUGAAAAGACCCCCCAGGAGAUGAAUGACUCGGAUAUCAUUGGGAAGCUUAUGGGAGCUAAGAAUAAGAAGUCGAAAACGGAUAAGCCGUCUAUCGAGGAGAUGGCUCAAUAG